GGCAGGCGGGACCUCUGCUACCGCCCCUUCCGCCGACGCGGAGAAGCGAGGGGCGGCCGGGCCGGGCGUGCAGGAUGCUCCGGUCGCUCUGGAGUUUCCUCAAGCGGCACAAGAAGAAAUGCCUCGUCCUCGGCACCUUUCUCGGCGGAGUCUAUUUACUGGGAAAAUAUGGGCAGAAGAAAAUACGAGAAAUCCAGGAACAGGAGGCAGCUGAAUACAUUGCCCAAGCACGAAGGCAGUAUCACUUUGAAAGCAAUCAGAGGACGUGCAAUAUGACAGUUCUGUCAAUGCUUCCAACACUGAAGGAUGCCUUAAUGCAUCAAUUAAAUUCUGAGUCUCUCACAUCUCUUCUUAAAAACAGGCCAAAAAACAAGUUAGAAAUAUGGGAGGAUUUAAAGAUAAUAAGUUUCACGAGAAGCAUUGUAGCUGUAUAUAGUACCUGCAUGCUAGUAGUUCUUUUGCGAGUCCAGUUGAAUAUUAUUGGCGGUUACAUCUACCUAGAUAACGCUGCGCUCUGCAAAAACGGCACAACGCCACUAGCUCCACCUGAAGUUCAGCAGCAAUAUUUAUCAAGUAUUCAGCACCUUUUAGGAGAUGGACUGACUGAAUUGAUAACCAUUGUCAAACAAGCUGUGCAUAAAGUUUUUGGAAGUAUUUCCCUUAAGCACACCCUAUCUCUUCUGGAGCUGGAACAGAAACUUAAAGAUAUCAGGGAAGCAGUGGAACAUAAGAAUUCAGAUCAGAUUGUAUCUUACUCUCCCUUAUGUCAUUAUCUGAUGCCAGAUGAAGAAAACCCCUUGGCUACUCAGGCCUGUGGGCUCACAGAAAGAGACGUUGCUACAAUUAAAUUACUUAAUGAAACUAGAGAUAUGCUAGAAAGUCCAGACUUCAGUACAGUUUUGAGCACAUGCUUAAACAGAGGAUUCAGUCGACUGCUGGACAAUAUGGCAGAGUUCUUUAGACCAAGUGAACAGGACCUCUCUCAGAAUGGCUCUGUAAAUAGUCUUUCCAGUGUCAGUCUUCCUUUAGCCAAGAUAAUACCAAUAAUCAAUGGACAGAUCCAUUCGGUAUGCAGUGAAACACCUAGUCACUUUGUUCAGGACCUGUUGAUGAUGGAACAAGUGAAAGAUUUUGCUGCUAAUGUUUAUGAAGCUUUUAGUACCCCUCAGCAAUUAGAGAAAUGAAUUGCACAUUUACAGGAAUAGAUCAUGUAUUUAUAGCCAACUCCUUGUGACUACUGAUGAGACAGGUUCAUUUUAUAAUGGUGUGGGAGUGGUAGACCUGCGAGAACAUUGUGACAAAGUGGGAGCAAGCACCUCUUGUUCUAGCAGAAUUGUUUCAAACAUCCAUUAAAAAUAUUUUUGUUGAAAGAAUCAUUGUAUGUAAAGACUUUUCUAUUUAAAAAAAAAAAAAAGUGGUGAAACUCUUCAUAAUUAAUUUAUUGCAUCUGGUGGCAGUAUUACAAGAAGAGCUACUCAACCCAUUUAUUUGUUGGUCUGGGGUAUCUUAAGUUGUGGAGCAAAUGAAUAAUAGUGAUCUAAGAAUAGCAGCGUGGCAAAAUGAAGUAAGGCUUCUUUCUUCUUCUCCUCCCAAAUUUUUAUCUUUAGAAAGGAAACUUUUUCUUCCUUAACUUCCAAUGCUAUUCCAAAGGCUUUUUUUCUUCAGAAAGCCUUUGCCAACUGAUGCAGGUUCCUCUUGAGCAAGCUGGGGGGUGGUCCUCUCUCUGUUGCUUAAUACUGAAAGGAAUGUGGAUUUUUACAAGUUCUCCUGUUUAUGCUGUUCAAACAGCCACACUGUACACAUUAACUUGUAAAUAUUUUAUCUUACUUUGUAUUAAUUUUGAGCCCAAUUGUCUGUAUUGUAAUAAAGUAUUUUAAUGUAAAUACUGUGUGUG